AUGGCGGCACUUGACCAACCAGACGCGGACCCCCGGGCGAGACAGCGCCGUUUGCCUGCCCCGCCAACCCCCAAGGCUCUCUUUAGGGCCUCGAGCACAAUCGAGAUUCCCAAGCAGCAUUACAGAGUAGGCUUCAAAACUGGCCGGUGUGGGGUAUCGCUCAUUUACCACGAAUAUAUAUAA